UUCAGUGUGGCGUACGCGAAGCUGAACAUUUGCUACGCGGUCCUCUUCAACAUCGUACCUCUGGCGUACAACUACCCACAGCAUGUGCUGCACUACUACGGAGUGAAUUCUUCGACUAAACGAACGGUGGAGUUCAUCCUACCUUUGGUGCAAAACUUUCAUGGACUAGAUAUUCGACAUAACAUCCUGCACUACACAUUGUACUCCUUGUGCAUCAUACCGGCCUGCGUGUCUACAACCAUUAUGCUUUGGUUCAAGGGAAUGCUUUUCAUACUUAUUCGCUACAACACGUUGCUCUAUCAACUAGUGAAUGGGUUGCUGCGUGAGUAUGCUCAGAAGUCGUCCACAGCAUCUGUUGGGGCAUUUGGUGGACAACGCCAUUUGGUGGACAUCAUCGAGCUACAUCUCACCGCGAUCCAAUGUACCUCGCUUCUGGACAGCAUUUUGCGCCUGAUAUUGCUUGUUCAAUCCCUCGGCUGUUUGCUACUGUGGGGUUUGCUACUUUACUACAUUACCCGAAAUCCAAACUUAAAUCUGGUCAAUGUGAUGGUGCUGAUGUUCUCGAUCGUCAUUGAAAUGUGGUGCUUCUCAUACCUUGGCCAUCGACUCACAGAAGAGAAUGCUAUGAUCAGCCACACUGCGUACAGCACCUAUAAUUGGUACAACGAGCCACGAUCGGUGCAACAAUUCCUGCAGCGUAUCAUCUUGCAGUCCUCAAACCGAAAAGCGACCAUUACGGCGGGAAAGUUCUACAACGUCAACAUAGUGUCAUUUGCUCAG